UGUAACGUACAUAAAACAAUUUGAUAAAGAAAUCGGUAGCCAACCCGAGUUCCCGUUUCAUUUACCCGAACGGGUUAGUCGUAUAUUUUGACGAAUCUCCUCGACUUUCAUGGCUCGUCUUGUACGAGUGAAUCAGUUGGUCUGACAGAGUUGUAAAAUUAGUAUUACCGGAGUUUUAAAGAAAACCUAGCCUAUUUGAAGACGUAGGAAAAAGAAAACAUGGAUCAAACGCAGAGAUCAGUGGCAGCAGCUGCAAAUUCCCGAACCUACCAGUUCCACCCUGCCCGAGCCGCCAUUACCGAUCUCUUCAAUCUUUACUUAGGAGUAGUAAUUUCUUUUUCGUCAAAUUUUUCAUUUUCUUGUGUAAAUUUCUUCUCCGAAACAUAGUUAUUCUUUUUUUCUUUCAAUUUUUUUUGCAGAGAAAUAGCCGCCAAAAAGCUGAUGAUUCUGUUCGAGAACCACCGAACAAAACCCAAAAGCGUGUGCUCGCUCUUAAUAGAGAGCUUCCUCCUCGAAACGAGCAGUUCCUCCUAGAUUUUGAGCAACUUCAGACUCAGUUUGGUUUAUACUCACGUAAUGAUGAUAUUACGCAUCCAAGUCCAUUCUGAGCCCGCAUUCUCCAGGAGUUUUCAGCAGCAUAUAAGCCACGUAAACUAAUACUCAGACCAAGAUCAGUUGCAGUCUGUGACAGAAUCUGUCCUAAUAUCUUUGGUUAUUCAGUGCUGUAGUCAUGCACCUCGGGCGGAGUUUCUUCUUUUUGCUUUACGUAGCUUAUGUAGUAUAGGCUACGUUAAUUGGGAUACCUUUUUGCCAUCCCUUCUUUCUUCAGUUGCCUCUGCGGAAGGGCCAGUAAGUCAAGGGAGUCAGGGAGUACCUUCUGUUUCAUCAAGCGUAUCACAAUCCGGGAUGAUGCCAUCUACUAGUGUAAUUGCUAACGCUUCUAAUUUUCAGUCUGCGAAUGCUGCAUCUACGUUAACUUCAGUUCAUGUUAUUGGGUCUCCAGCACAAUCGACAAUUGAACCUUCUUCGGGUGCUACUUUGUCCCCUGUAAAAUUAUCUAAUAUUGCCUGCAGUGGUCAACCAUCUACAACUAGGAUGGAUUCAUCUAUAAGAGAUAAUGCUAUAAGCAAUUUACGUCAGCUAUGCUGCAAGAUAAUUUUAACUGGGCUUGAAUGUAAUUUGAAACCAGUGACUCAAGCUGAAAUUUUCCACCAUAUGCUGAAUUGGUUGGUUAAUUGGGAUCAAAGGCAACAUGGGAAUGAGGAAUGUGAUGGAAAGUCCUGGAGACUGGAGAAGGCUCUAAUUGAAUGGCUGCACAGUUGUUUGGAUGUAAUUUGGUUGUUGGUUGAGGAAGAUAAAUGCAGAGUGCCCUUCUAUGAAUUACUCCGAAGCGGAUUGCAGUUUAUAGAAAACAUCCCAGACGAUGAAGCAUUGUUUACGCUUAUCUUGGAAAUACAUAGAAGGAGAGAUAUGAUGGCUAUGCAUAUGCAAAUGUUAGACCAACACCUUCACUGCCCCACAUUUGGAACUCAUCGGAUAUUGUCACAGACAACUCCUAACGUUUCUGUUGAAGGUGUGGCAAACUUGCGGUAUUCACCAAUUACAUAUCCAAGUGUGCUUGGAGAACCACUUCAUGGAGAGGAUCUUGCAGCUUCUAUCCAGAGGGGUAGUUUGGACUGGGAGAGAGCCUUACGUUGUAUAAGGCAUGCUAUACGCUCUACUCCUUCUCCUGAUUGGUGGAAACGUGUGCUUGUUGUGGCACCUUUUUAUCGAGGUUCAGUGCCUACUCCUGGUGCUGUUUUUACAUGUGAUAUGAUUUGCGAGGCAACAAUUGAUAGAAUUGUUGAGCUUUUGAAGUUGACAAAUUCAGAAAUAAAUUGCUGGCAGGAGUGGCUUGUCUUCUCAGAUAUAUUCUUCUUUCUUAUGAAAAGUGGAUGUAUAGAUUUUGUUGAUUUUAUUGAUAAGCUGGGCUCACGCCUUUCAGCAAGUGAUCACCACAUUCUUAAUACAAAUCAUGUUACCUGGCUUCUUGCACAAAUCAUUCGAGUUGAGCAUGUCAUGACUGCUUUGAAUACUGAUUCUAGAAAGGUGGAAACAACAAGGAAGAUUCUAUCAUUUCACAGAGAAGAUAGGAGCUCUGAUCCUAAUAAUCCCCAAAGCAUCCUGCUUGAUUUUAUUAGCAGUUGUCAAAACUUACGCAUUUGGUCACUGAAUACAUCAACCAGAGAAUACUUGAAUAAUGAACAGUUGCAGAAAGGGAAGCAAAUAGAUGAGUGGUGGAGACAAGUGAGCAAAGGGGAACGCAUGAUGGAUUAUAUGAGUAUGGAUGAUAAAUCAAUUGGGAUGUUUUGGGUUGUCUCCUACACGAUGGCGCAGCCAGCUUGUGAAACGGUCAUGAAUUGGUUAUCUUCUGGUGGAGUUACAGAGUUGUUACCCGGAGCAAAUGUACAGCCCAAUGAGAGAUUCAUGGUGAUGCGGGAAGUUAGUCCAUUGCCGAUUUCACUGUUAUCUGGCUUUUCAAUGAAUCUUUAUUUGAAGUUGGUCUUUCAAAUGGAAGAAUCUUUAUUUGCUGGGCAGGUUGUUCCUAGUAUUGCUAUGGUUGAAACUUACACCAGAUUGUUGCUCAUUGCACCUCAUUCGUUAUUUCGUUCACACUUCAGUCAUUUGGCACAGAGGAAUGCUUCUUUAUUGAGCAAGCCUGCGGUGACACUUCUGGUGCUUGAAAUUGUCAACUAUCGUCUGCUUCCACUGUACAGGUACCAAGGAAAAUGCAAACCUCUGAUGUAUGAUGUUACAAAGAUAAUUUCUGCUUUAAAAGGAAAACGGGGGGAUCACCGUGUAUUUAGAUUGGCAGAGAAUUUGUGCAUAAAUCUGAUUUUGUCUUUGAGAGACUUUUUCUCGGUGAAAAGGGAAGGGAAGGGGCCCACUGAAUUCACAGAAACUUUAAAUCGGAUAACUAUAAUCACUCUUGCCAUCACCAUUAAAACCCGCGGAAUUGCAGAUGCUGAUCACCUACUUUACCUUCAAACUAUGUUGGAACAGAUAUUGGCAACUAGCCAGCAUACAUGGUCAGAGAAAACACUACGUUUUUUUCCCUCUAUUCUUCGAGAUCUCUUAAUGACACGGACAGACAAAAGAGGACUUGCAAUUCAAGAAUGGCUACAGUCAGAAACAACAGUGAUUAACCAAUGCACACAACUUCUUUCAUCAUCUGCUGAACCAAAUUAUGUCAUGACCUAUAUCAAUCACAGUUUCCCUCAACACCGCCAAUAUCUGUGUGCUGGUGCAUGGAUAUUGAUGCAAGGGCAUCCUGAAAACAUUAACAGUGGAAACUUGGCACGGGUAUUGAGAGAAUUUUCUCCUGAAGACGUGACAUCCAAUAUCUAUACAAUGGUGGAUGUAUUACUUCAUCACAUUCACAUAGAGCUGCAGCAUGGGCAUUCCUUGCAGGACCUUUUACUGAAAACUUGUGCAAACCUGGCCUUUUUUGUUUGGACCCAUGAGCUGAUUCCUUUGGAUAUAUUGCUUCUAGCACUCAUUGACCGUGACGAUGAUCCCCAUGCGCUGCGUAUUGUGAUAAGCUUACUUGACAGGCAAGAGCUUCAACAAAGGGUGAAAUUAUACUGUAUGAAUCGUGGCCCCCCUGAGCAUUGGCUUUACACUGGAAUAUUUAAGCGCAGUGACUUGCAAAAAGCCCUUGGCAAUCAUCUCUCAUGGAAGGAGAGGUAUCCUACAUUCUUCGAUGAUAUUGUGGCACGUCUGCUUCCAGUCAUCCCCUUAGUUGUUUACAGACUUAUUGAGAAUGAUGCUAUAGAAUCUGCUGACAGGAUUUUGGGCAUGUAUUCUCUAUUUUUAGCUUACCACCCUUUGAGAUUUACAUUUGUUCGUGACAUUCUCGCGUAUUUCUAUGGUCAUCUACCUGGAAAGUUAAUUGUUCGAAUAUUGAAUGUACUAGAUCUCAGCAAGAUUCCGUUUUCUGAGUCGUUCCCUCAGCACAUUAGUUCAUCAAAUCCUGCAAUAUGCCCCCCACUAGAAUAUUUUGCGACUCUUUUAUUGGCUCUAGUGAAUAAUGUCAUACCCCCAUUAAACAGUAACUCAAGAACUGGAUCAAUGGGGGAUGCUUCUAAUAAUUCAGUGCGUGGUCCUCAUAAUAAAACCCCUGCAACACCUCAGUCUGGGCCAGCGAAUGCUUCUGAAGGUCAAAAAGCAUUCUAUCAAAUUCAGGACCCAGGGACAUAUACUCAGCUGGUUCUGGAAACAGCCGUCAUAGAGAUCCUCUCUCUUCCCAUUUCCGCUUCUCAGAUUGUGUCAUCUCUUGUUCAAAUUGUUGUCAACAUACAACCAACUCUGAUUCAGUCCAGCAAUGGAUUGCAUGGAGCUUCUAGUGGUGCCGUGCAAGGUUCAGUUUUACCAACAUCCCCUUCUGGAGGCAGUACAGAUAGUGCUGGCAGAUCUACUCCUUCAGUGUCAGGGAUCAACACCUCUAGUUUUGUUUCCCGAAGUGGUUACACUUGUCAACAGCUUUCAUGCUUAUUUAUCCAAGCUUGUGGUUUGUUGUUGGCCCAACUCCCUCCUGAGUUUCACUUACAGCUUUACAUGGAAGCUUCACGAAUAAUUAAAGAGAGUUGGUGGCUAACUGAUGGGAAGAGAUCAUUGAGUGAACUAGACUCUGCUGUUAGCUAUGCUUUGUUGGAUCCAACAUGGGCUUCCCAAGAUAAUACCUCUACGGCCAUAGGUAAUAUAGUUGCAUUACUUCAUUCUUUCUUCAGUAACCUCCCACAAGAAUGGCUAGAGGGAACACAUGUCAUUAUUCAACAGCUCCGGCCGGUAACAUCGGUUGCUAUGUUGAGAAUAGCAUUCCGGAUAAUGGGCCCCUUGCUUCCAAGACUUGUUACUGCUCACAAUCUUUUUAACAAGAUUCUAUCGUUACUAUUGAAUACACUGGUGGAUGUAUUUGGAAAAAACACUCAACCGCCAGUCCCUGUGGAAGCAUCAGAAAUAACAGAUCUGAUCGACUACCUUCACCAUAUCAUCCACUACGAAGGACAGGCAGGGCCAGUUCAAGCCAACAGCAAGCCGAGGCCAGAGGUGUUGAGUAUUUGUGGGAGAGCUGCAGAAAGUCUACGGCCAGAUGUACAGCAUCUUUUAUCCCACUUGAAACCUGACGUUAACUCUUCAAUAUAUGCUGCUACGCAUCCAAAGAUAGCUCAGAAUCCUUCCUCCUGAUUCUCAACCUAUCCAACCUCCAUUUAAGUAGGUUUUUUGAGAUGUGUGGAUACAGCAAGCAUGUAAAAUCACUGGGUUUGGGCCAAAAGCCAUCCAUGAAAUUUAUAUAUCAAACUGGGUUUUUUUUGGCUUAGCUAGGAGCCUGACGUAGUUGGGUGCUAAUCUUUUCUUUUUCCCCUUCAAAAUGGGGCUACUAUUCUAUACUAAUGUAAAAGAAGAGUUAAAACUGUUGGUUUAUAGAACCACUUAAUUUGUAGAUCAAUAUUGUUUUUGAAAGUUUUCAAGAUAGCAUUUAAUAAAAUUGUUCUAUAUUUUAUUAACUAAAA